AGAACAAGUUAGUUCUUCUGGGAAUAAAGAAUUGCCUGCAGCCAUAUGAAAUCAUCUGUUCUCUACAAAUGUGUUUGGUCUUUUUCACACCCAACUUAUGGGUGCUAGGGGUAUCCAGUGCGAGUGGACAGGUCAGGCAGGCCUCAGAUUUCUCUUUGUAUCUUCAGAACAUUGGCAUCUUCUCAGCAUUCUCUUCCUAGUAUUGUGGAAAAUACCUGCCCUGCUUCCAAUGGGAGACUCUCUGUUCCAGGCAGCAUGAUGUACUGGAAAGAAUAUGAGAUUCUGGGAUUAGGAGAACUGGGCAUGAGUCCCAGACUCUGCGCUACCAGCUGUAUGACCUUGGGGAAGUCACUUCAUCCAUCUGAGUCUUGUUUUUCUUGCCUGUCAAAUGAAAAAUAAAAGCCCCCAAACUUUCAGGACUGGAAGCUCUGAGAACCCUGUUUUUGAGAUGCCUCUGCUUUUGGUUUGCUGGGUACAAUUUAUGUUCUGUCAAUGAAAUGAGCUCAUGCAAGAUCCCAAAGAGCAACUCCAAUGUGAGAAAUGCUAUGUGAGACACUACCCAGUCAAUACAUCCUUUUGAGGUAUAUCAAUUAAGCUUGCCCAGCAGUUCAAGAACCUCAAGGUUGACUAUCCUUCACAAAGGAGGCUAACCAGCUCCUGUGUCUGGAAGGCAUGGCCUGAGGCAGCACUGACACCUGGGAACAAAGUGGAGAGCCAUCUCUGGAAGCCCUGGGCCUUGCCUCUGGAUGGAAGAUUCGAUUGCCUUAAAAGGGAAGUGCCCAGGGAGAUGUGUUGGAUAUGAAGAGUACCACGCAGGGGACCACACUGAGGCAACAGGGUUUCCAUGAGUUGAACAAAAGAAGGAAUUUCUUGCAGGAUAACAGCUGGAUCAAAAACCGUCCUGAAGAAGAAAAAGAUGAAAAUUAUGGUAGGGUGGUGCUCAGUCGACAUAACUCCCAUGAUGCCUUGGACAGGAAAGCAAAUGAGAGAGAUGAGCCAAAAGCUACAAUUAGUCGGUACAGAUCUGAUGACACUUUAGACAGGAUCUCAGACAGAAAUGAUGCCACUAACACAUAUAAGGCCAAUACCUUGGAUAACCGACUAACCAAUAGAAACACGUCCACGUUUCGAUCACCAGAAGCAGCAAAGACGCAAACUGGAGGUUCGUUCAGUGGAAACACCACCAACCCCCCGGCUCCUGCCUCUGCUACAACUCCUGUAAAGAAAAAGAGACAGUCCUGGUUUCCGCCACCUCCUCCUGGUUGCAGUGCCACUCCAAGCAUGGGAGCAAGCAGAAGGGAACCAACUGUUCGCCCUCCAAUACCUCCAAAGCCCAUUUCUCCUGUUUCAUCUCCUAACCAGCAGAGACGGGAGAAUAGGCAGAUAUGUCCACCUAAACCAGGUGUAUAUACAGAAGCCAACAGAUCUGCUGAAAGAAAUAUAAGGAGUCAGGAUCUCGAGAACAUAGUCAAAGUGGCCACUUCACUUCAGAAAACUAACAGGGGUGAAGAAUUGGAUAAUAUCAUCAAAAUGAACAAAAGCUUGAAUAGAAAUCAAGGUCUUGACGGUCUCUUCAGAGCAAAUCCUAAGGCAGAUCAAACAGAGAAAAGAGCCAAGAGCCUUGAAAAUCUCAUUUUUAUGAGUACCCGAACAGACAAAGAUGACAAAGGAAACCGAACUCUUGACAGUUUUAUUAAAGAAAAUCCCGCAAGAGUCAAGAAUGAUGAAAGAAACCAAGGCCUUGGAAGUCUUAUUAAAGUUAAUCAGAGGACUGAAAAAAAUGAGAAAGGAGGUAAAGACCUGGAUAAUGUUAUCAAAGUGAAUCCCAAAGGAAGGGAAAAUGCCACUGGAAAACAAGACUUCAAUGGAUUUAUUAAAGCAAAUCCUGAAACAAAUAAAAAUAUCAAGAGGGGCCAGAGCCUUGACAAUCUCAUCAACGUGACCCCUGAAGUAAACAGAAGUAAUGCAGGUUCCAAAGACCUUGAUAACCUCAUCAAAGUGGUUCCGAGAACAGGAAAAAGUGUGCAAGGGGGCCACAGUCUUGACAGUCUCAUCAAAGUGGCUCCUGAAACAAACAGAACUAACCAAAGCAGUAAAGCAAGUCUUGAUGAACUUAUUAAUGUAGGCCCCAAAGCUGUCAAAAACAUGGCCGGAAAUCGAGAUCUUGAUAAGCUCAUCAGAGUGAGUCCUGAAACUCUCACCAACAACCGAAGAAACCAGGAUCUGGAUAACCUCAUCAAAGUGAGUCCUGCAGUGACCAGAAGCAGUCAGAGUGAAGGCUUGGACAGUCUCAUUAAAGUGAAAUCUUCAGGUCUCAAAAACACUGAGCGCGACCAAGACCUGAAAAAUUUAAUUGAAGUAAAUUCUAAUGUCUCUGAAAAUAAAAAUGGAAGGCUAGACAGCCAAGUCGGUGGAUCCACUGAUGCUAUAAACAUCCAGUUUACUAGAACUCCUGCCCAUUCUUAUGAAGCCAGGAAGAAUCACAGCUCCAAUGCUGAAACCAGGCAUGCAGGACCAAAGGAUACUGUGGUAUACACAAGGACCUAUGUGGAGAACAGUAAAUUACUGAAGGAUGGAUAUCAGGAGAAUAUCUCUGGAAAAUACAUACAAACUGUUUAUUCAACUUCAGAUAGGUCUGUCAUCGAAAGAGAAAUGUGCACUUACUGCCGGCAACCACUGGGCACAGACACUAAAAUGAUUUUAGAUGAAUUACAAAUUUGCUGCCAUUCUACUUGCUUCAAGUGUGAAAUAUGCAAACGGCCUUUGGAAAACCUACAAGCAGGUGACAGUAUUUGGAUUUAUAGACAGACAAUACACUGUGAGCCUUGCUACUCUAAAGUUAUGGCAAAGUGGAUUCAAUAAUUCUGGCACAUGGAAAUCAAGAUAAAAGCAUUUAUCAGGAUGUUAAAAUUUUAUUUUAAGAAUAUGUAAUCUAGAAAAGCUUUCACAUUGAAGAUUGACUCUUGUAUACAACUAACAAUUCUGCUAUUGCAUAAAUAAUCUGAUUGCCUUCCAUAAAGUCAUAUACAUAAAGGAAACCAUCUAAUGUCUGGCUAGAUUUAGCCAUGAAAAAUUCAAGUGGUUCCAGUUACCAAUGUCAAAGGAAUGAUGCUUCUCAUGGCAACGAGCUCUGUCAACACUAACUAGGUCCGUCUCUGCUCCGUAUGUGAGCUGUGCAUCGUGGUGACCAUAGUAGACAAGUUUCCCUUUUUGUCAUCUUUGUUUCCCUACAGACUUGAAUUUACAGAUAUUAUUGACAUCCUGAUGAACUGUCAAAAAAGCAAGAUAUGCAUGUAUAUCUUUCACAGGCAAAAGAAAUGUUGAUAGAAUUGUUUUUUUAAACAAAGUUUGGCGGAAAGGUGUUUCAUAUAAAGCUGUAUGGACCUCAGAGAAUCACUUGAUCUUUCCAGACAAAAUUAUUUCUAAUGUCCCUUUCUGCUCCUCAGAUUAUCUGAUUCUAAAACACGUGUUGCUUGCUCUUUGAAAGUAUAUUUGAAUAUGUGUCUGUUAAGUAUAUUGAACUAAAUAGGGUAUCUAAACAAUUUCAUGUUAUCCUUCAAUUUACCACAGAAAUGAUUUUUAUAGAAUAUUUUAAAAACAAAAAACAUGGAUUUGUGGGUAAUGGGUAAAAUCUCAUGACAUGUAUAGUUUACAUAUUAUACCUUGUUAAAUUUUCUUUGCAUGCAUUUCAAAAUCUGGGUAUAUGAAUAAUUUCUGAGAAAUGAUGGUUAUAGAUUACAGAGACAUGCUCUUUGGCAUAUCACAUCUACUCAUAUUACAUAGCACUUUACAAUUACAGACAGCUUAUAAAUAAAAAUAAAAUGAACUACCAGUUACACAGGAUCUUUUUGUGAAGUGUCUAUAAAUAUCAUUCACUGACAUUGAUUUUGUCAAUUACAGAGAUCACAAUUUAUUAUAGCCUAUGCCAUGCUGGCUAAUUUAAUUCUUUAGCUGCUUGAGCUAUAGCUUUUAGUUUUAAAGAGCUUUUUCUCGAGGAAUUGAAAAUUCAAUAAUCAUAUGUGAGGAAUGAGUAUUAGUGUUAAAAUUGAGAAAUUGAACUUAUAAACUAUUUUAUGUGCACAUAGCAACUGCUUCUCAAAGGAAGGCACAUAGAACACUGAGGGGAAGGUGGAAUUUUAGGGAAGCUUAAGGUAGUUGUGAAAAACUGACAUCAACUAGGGAGAAUAAAUGAUCAUCAUGUAUUUUCCGAGUGUUGAUAAAUUUAAAGAAUUAUUCUUCUGUAUAAUGAUUCCAAGCAUCUGUUCCUCUUAGGGCCUGGUCCACAAAGUGUUAAACACAAAAUGCUUAUCAAAAUGCAGCAGCGUAUAAUUGUUGUCCUAUGGAGAAGAAGCCAGAAAAAAACAAUUAAUAAUAAUUUGAUAUUCAUUAAUUCAUGCUUGAUGAGAAGCAGUGGUAAUUGAGCCAUAUGUUUUAUUGUUCUUUUAUUACAUGCUAUCAAAGUGGAUCAAAAGAAAUAAUUUUCUUAGGGUUGAAAUUAGUGACAGAAAAGGAAGGAUGGAAUAGUAUCCCUGCCUUUUAUAUAAAGUGUAUUAACAUCUCAAUGCCUUUGUAGUGAUUAAAAAUCAUUUGAAUAUCAUUUCAGAAGUAUUCUACUUUUUAAUGCUUCAUUUAAAAAAACUUAAAAGGAACAUAUUUCUCACUUUUCUGUAGCUGUUUAAUGGACCCUUUCUUCUAUAAUAAUGUAUUAAAUUAAACCCAAAGCUGUUAUAAAAAUGGAAUAAAUAUAGAGUGGAGAGAUCAGGGCUUCCAAUUCACGAAGACCACUUCAUUUUGUCUGGGUUUAUUUGCACCAUCGGAAUACAGAUUUCUAAGACAUUUGGAAGAUCUCUCUUUUUUUUUUUCAGCCAAUCAAUUAUGUUAUUAUUGGCAUACUUUUCCUGGACACAAUUGCCUAACUCUCAGAAUACCAGGUCCUGAAUUCUAUUGCUAAUUAAGA